UGCAGAGUGAACUGAAAAGGACAUUAUGAACGCACUCACAGAGUCACAGCCUCAGAAAGGAGACAAUACCAUCUCAUAUUUCACUAAAAAGCAAGUCUCCUGAAACUAUACCUUCCUUUUUUUGCUCAGAUUUGUGCAUUAAAGUGAAGAUUAUUGUGGAGUACUUGCAGCAAUGGUUUUGGGACCAAGUGGCAAGACUAGGGGAGUCCCCUCGGUUCAGGGUGAAUAUCUAAUUAACAUUGUGGAGAUAAAGCCUUGGCCUCCUUCUCAAUCACUGAAGACGCUUAAAGCUGUUGUUAUUCAAUGGGAACACGGAGACAAGAAUUCGGGUUCCACUACUCAAGUUGCCCCAAUGCUCGAGACCGAGUCUGGUGUUGGUAAUGGAAGAAUUGAAUUCAACGAGUCUUUUAGGGUUCCAAUUACACUAUUGAGGGAAAUUUCCAGUAAAAGUGUGAAUGGGGAUACUUUCCAAAAGAAUUGCAUUGAGUUCAACUUGUAUGAGCCACGGAGAGACACGACUGUGAAGGGUCAACUGUUAGGAACUGCGGUUAUAGAUUUCGCCAAUUAUGGGGUUGUUAAAGAGGGUUUAAAUGUGAGUGUUCCUAUUAACUGCAAGCGGAGUUAUAGGAACACUGUGCAGCCUCUUCUCUGCUUGAAAAUUCAGACAGUAGGAAAGGGUCGAAUGAAGUCCUUGGUGAGGAACAACGUGAGGAGAGAGUCAUCAAUGGACAGCAGCGCUGGUGAGUCUGUUUCUGCAUUGAUGAAUGAAGAAUACACCGAGGAAGCUGAGACUGCUUCGUACACUGAUGACGAUGUUUCCUCACACUCAUCGUUGGUUAACUCUUCUUCAGCUGUUGAGUCAAACUGCAGUUCACCACACCAAAAAGAGAAUGGAUCUGAAGGAGGGAAAAAUAGGCGUGCAGAAGCUGAAAACAAUCAUGUAUUAGGUUCAGAGCAAAAGAUUAAAAAUUUAGACAAAAAGCUUGUAAGUGAACCAGUUUUGAGUUUGAAUGCGAGUUCUUCUUCCUCCCCAUCCACAGCUUUGUCAUCGGAUCUUGAUUGGAUCUCGAAGAAAAUUGGUGCCCGUAACAAUAUUAAAUCCUCAACUUCGUUUGAGAAGGAUAGCAGAAUGGAGUGCACCCCGAACACUAAUGUCAAAACCAACACUGGAGAACAAGCAGAAGGUGUUGACAGUGUAGUGAUAAAUUGUGAAAAUGGCAGCCAAAAUCAUAGCCAACAAAGAACCGAGGAAAGUAUAUGUGAUGGUUCACUUGUAAACAUUGAUGAUAAUAGGAACUCUAAUAACUCUGUUGGUCAUAUAAUUAAGGCAGAUAUUGACGAGAGCUUUUCAACCCUCUCAAAUGGUAUUCAAGAGGAUGCAAGAACUGGUGUGAGUGAUAAUGGUUUAGCUGAGGGUGAAAAUACGGAGGGCCAUCAAGGAAACACUCAAGAACUAGUCACAGAAAGAGACAAGCACCAAGAAACUGGAGAAGGGAAAGAAUUGAUUAUAGAGAAAGGGCAGUGCUCAGAAGGUGAGCCUGUGAAUAGUUGUCUGCAAGACAAUACUACUAAACAACACUUGGAAGGUAAUAGUGCAAUUAUCGCUGGCAGAGAAAGCGUUGGAGCAAAGACUACCUGCGAUGAGAGAUUAAACCAUGUGAGUUCUGUUCACACCUUGGGGGAAUCAAAUAGGGCUAAUGGAUCUGUCAGAAGUAAUCAGUUUGUCUUGAGAGACAAACGGAAUAGCAUCGAAGGUAUCACAAGCAAUGACUGGAAGGACACUAAGGUGCGCUCCAAAGAAACUUCAAAUGUGGUUCUGGAAAGAAAAUGCCAAGAGUUGGAGCAAAAGAUACAAAUGCUUGAAGGAGAAUUGAGAGAAGCUGCUGCCGUUGAGAUUGGUCUUUUCUCUGUGGUUGCUGAACAUGGAAGUUCUACAAAUAAGGUCCAUGCUCCUGCUCGACGCCUCUCUAGGCUUUAUUUUCAUGCCUGUAAAGAAAAUUCUGUAUUAAGGAGACUAAGUGCAGCUAGAAGUGUGGUCUCUGGAUUGAUUUUGGUUGCAAAAGCAUGUGGAAAUGAUGUCCCCAGAUUGACUUUCUGGUUGUCAAAUUGUGUUUUGCUGAGAGCAGCUAUUUGCAAAUUCAGUGAAAAGCAACAAUUACCGCUUUCUUCUGAAUAUAGUAAAAAUGCGGUGGUCAAGAAUGAAAGGAAGGCAUCUCCGCUCAAGUGGCAGUCCUUUCCCCACAAGAAGAGUGUUGGAAAUGAUCUUCCUGGGACAUUUGAAGAUUGGGAAAACCCUCUUGGAUUUACAAAAGCACUUGAGAAGGUUGAAGCUUGGAUCUUCUCUCGAAUCAUAGAAUCUAUUUGGUGGCAGACUUUCACUCCGCAUAUGCAGUCUGGUGCUGCCACAAGCUUGGAUUCCGAAAUAAACAAAAUCUAUCAAAGAACUUCUAGUUCAUGUAGUGAAGAGCCCGAAAAUUUUUCUUUGGAACUUUGGAAGAAGGCCUUCAGGGAUGCAUAUGAAAGGAUUUGCCCUGUUCGAGCUGGAGGACAUGAGUGUGGAUGUCUACACCUGCUCUCUAAACUGAUCAUGCAGCAAUGCGUGGCUAGGUUGGAUGUUGCUAUGUUCAAUGCAAUCCUUCGAGAGUCUGCUGAUGAUAUUCCAACAGAUCCGGUAUCUGACCCCAUCAGCAAUCCCGAGGUUCUUCCUAUUCCAGCCGGAAAAGCGAGCUUUGCAGCUGGUGCACAACUGAAAAAUGCGAUUGGAAAUUGGUCGAGAUGGCUGGCUGAUCUCUUUGGUAUUGAUGAUGACGACGAAGACGACGACUUGGUUGAGGAUGAUGAAAAUAAGGCAGAUAAUAGUAAUGGGCAUGAGAGAAAAGCACAAGAUGCGUGCUCAAAGCCUUUCUAUCUUCUUAAUGCAAUGAGUGACCUUAUGAUGCUUCCAAAGGAUAUGCUACUAAGUAGGACAGUAAGAAAAGAGGUAUGCCCCACGUUUGGACUCUCACUGAUAACAAGGGUUCUUAAUGUCUUCAUCCCAGACGAAUUCUGCCCCGACCCAAUUCCUAAUGUCGUACUUGAAGCCCUUAAUUCAGAGGACCACAUGGAAGUGGAGGAAGAAAGCGUGGUAAAUUUCCCGUGCUCAGCAGCUCCCAUUGUGUACGCACCACCCUCAGCAGCUGCACUAGACGGGAUCUUAGGUGACAUCAGUAGCAGCAGUUCUCAGCUGACGAGGAGCAGAUCUUCAGUGCUCAAGAAAUCAUACACGAGCGACGAUGAGCUGGAUGAAUUGGAUUCGCCGCUAAAUUUGAUCAAAAUGGAGAACAGUGAGGUGACAAAACCUGGGGGUGGGAGUGGGAAUGGGAAUGGGAAUGGUGUCAGAUAUCAACUCCUGAGGGAGGUGUGGAUGAGCAGUGAGUAAUGCUCUACUUUGUUUGGAAGGUGAAUAGUGUUACUGUAUAUGUACAUAUAUAUAAUGUGACUAUUAUUAAUUAUUAUGGGCGGGAACAAUGUUGACCCAUCAAACUUGAGUUGAGGUUUAGCACUUUAGUCACAUUUUCGAGAGGUAUGGUGCUUUAUUUUCAGUUGUACAAAAGGUUAUGGUUAAGCUUUGAACUGAACGGACUAUGGUUAUGGUUAAGGCUCUUUAUUUUGGUGAACCA